AAACCAUUAAAAAUUCAGUCUUAAAAUAUUCCAAAGACCAUUCUAAAAAGGUUUAAUUUUAAGAUUAUUACGUAUGGUUUAUGGCGAACAAUAAAACAGUGCAAUUUACAAACAGGGUAAUCCAUAGACUAUAAUUUUCAUAUCAAAACAACAAAACUAUCAUAAUAGCAAAACAUUUAAAUUUCAUUUGUUUUUAGAAAAAAUAAAUAAAUAAAACACCUAAAAGCUUAUAAAUGGAAAAAGAUAAUACAAUUGAAAGUUCGCCCACACUUUCGAAAAAAAUACAAGUCCAAGAUGGUUUAGUGAAUCAACCCGAAAACAAUCAUAAUUCAAUCAACGGUGAGACUUGCAACCUUUCUGUACAUCCUGAUUGUAGUGAUCAUAUUGAAGCGGACUUAGCAGUUAUACGCGGCGAUGCUAUUGGUACUACAUUGUACAGUGAACGUUUUGUGCUUUCGACGUUGCUGAAACUGACCAAAUUGGAAAAAGAGCUUUCCGAAAAUGAUAGUUUUGAAAAUGACCUGUGUACAAUUUGGGAUAUGACAAUUGAAGAGGAUGUUGUGCAACUGCUACUGGAGCAUAAUGUAUUGGAACUCUUUGCCGAUUGCAUAUUUGCAACAAAUGAUAAACGAUUAGUUGAAAUAUUGGUAGGCAUAUUGGGAAACAUGUGUAAUUUUAAAGAAUCUCGUGAUGCACUUGUUAAUGAUACAUCGCUGGUUCAAACGCUUCUAGAUUUAACCAAUUGCUCCGAUUCACCAACACUUCUUCAACUCACUCGACUAUUUUCUGUUGUGCUAAUACAUGCAGAUCGUGGCACUGCUUUGCAUUGGUAUCAACAUAUAUCCCUUUGUCCCGAUUUCAUUAAAAAUAUUAUAUUUAUAUUAAGUAAUUCCAUAAACGAGCAACUUCUUCGUCAAACAAUCGAAACUCUAAAUGCGAUACUAGCAAAAUUUGCCCUUAUUGAACCUAAUCAAAAAGUACCUAAAAAUAAUUAUGAUGACGAUUCUGAUAAUACAGUGUUAUUGCCAACAUUUGAGCAGUUAUUUGUCAAUGCAUCUUUAAUAAAAGCCACUACAGAAGCUUUCCUAGCGCUAUUACCGAGGCGAGAUAAUGCGGAGUUGCAUGGAAUUCAUGAUGAUGAUAACGGUGAUGUCGAAAGCACGAUUGUGCUUACACAGAGUACGCACAAUUUAAUGCAGAUUUUCCUCAACAUACACUGUAUAUUAACGCAGUAUGAUAACCUGUCACAAAAUAGUUAUUUUCCACAUAUUGAGUCACUAAUGGACUGCUUAGGUUGUAUUCUCGAGCCUCUAUGCAAUCCUAAGUAUAUAGAGCACUUGACCAAUCAGGAACAAGAUCUUUUGGAAAGCAUCAAUGACAUCUUUGAGUCCCUAGGAGACCCUUUUGAUGAAAGAUGCCUGAUAUAUACAAUUAGUAUUUGGAAUUUAUUAAGAUUGGAAAAUGAGAGGCUUGCACGAAAGACACCACCGGGAAAUGAUUUUGAAGAUAUUGCAUUUAAGGACGAUGAAUUUAAUUUUGAAACCGGUUACCUAACAAUACUCAAUAUGAUAGUUCGUGUGAUUAAUGCUGCUACUGAUCAACAGUUGGAAAAUGCUUUGAAAGAAAAUCUUGACGACAAUAUGAGGAAUUUGCAAAGUACCCUUAGCAUUGGCGAUAAUGAUCAACCAUCAAAGCGAUGCUAUUUAAAAAUACGAAAUGUACUAAAAAAUUUACAGCAAUAAAAAUCUCAUUAUUCAGAAUUGAUUAA